AUGCUGGAUUACAAAAAACGCUACCAAGAAUUAUUGGCCGAUGAAAAAUACAAAGAAAAAAACUGUCGUCUUUGUCCACAUUGUAACAGAGUCGUUCAACAUAUGGGUGGUUGUUCGUCAAUGGUAUGUGGACAAGAUUUUCAUGGUGGAAAUAAUCAAUCUGGUUGUGGUCAAAAUUUCACAUGGGAAAGUGCUAAAAAAUACGUACCGACAACAGACCGAAAUCCAGAAGAUGUAAUGCCAGACUUUCAUAAUCCAAGAAACAAACUUGUUGUGCACGAUGUAACUUGUGAUGCUUGCCACAAGACUGUACGUGGCAUUCGAUUCGAUUGUAUUCAUUGUCCUUUAUUGACUUAUUGCGAAGAUUGCGAACAAAAACACACUCUUCUUCAUUCGAACCAGAAUGAGCAAGCAGGAUCACGACAACAUGUGUUCAGAUUGAUUAUGACGCCCGAUACAGCAUAA